UCUGACGUCCGUUACGUUGUCAGAAUGAAACCUAAACCUCUCUGUUAUAUACCUUAAAUAUAACCAUAUGAAAGGUUGAACCUGCUGAAGGCGGAAGUUCACGCUAGCCAACGUGGGAGGGAGGUUCGCUAAGACCCUUUAAUCAGGACAGAAAUUUUCACAUAUUUGUAAGUAAGUAUCUGCACAGCCUCCGCAGCCGGGUAGCGAAAAAUCCUACCCGUACUUUGACAGCUCCGUACUCGACGUCCGCCUGGGUACUAUAUGGUCGUGAUACUUGACGACGUGUCAUCGACCGUUUGACUGUAUGACUGACAGUUAGUUUACAUGGCAAGUGAGCCAUUUGUUUUUCAAAUGAAGGUGUUCAGAUAACUUUUAUGUACCUACUUUAUGUAGCUUAGCGGCAUUGCUAAAAGACUAACGGUGAAUUAGCAACAUGUUAGCUGGGUUGGUUGAUGGCUAGCAAGGGUUAGCCGCACUGUCUCAUCUGCCAUCUGUUUCGGUUGCUACCUUGUUAUUUUCCUCGUAUGUCUUCACAUUUAUAGAUUUAAGAAGUGUCCUGUCAGCGCUGCCUGGGCUUCUUUCAGUUAGCCAGUGCUUGUUUUUGUUUACAAGUUAGCGUUAACGGAUAUCGUUUGUCGAGGCUCAGCUGUAGCUUGCUGCCUCUGUUGUUUACCUGUGUGUACAUGGAUAGCGGUCAGCUGGAGAGCUUUGUUGGUGGCAUGGGGUGGUCGUAACAAGACUGGAUCAGCUACAGAACAACCACAGUGGAGACAUGGAAAUGGAGCUGGGAUGUAGCUAGCCAAAACUGUACAACCGACUUUCCACCAAAAUGAGGAAUAGUGGGGCUCUGAAAGAGGACAGCUGUGCCUGCUGGACUGUCUGAUUUACUGUGGACGUUGGACAAAGGACAGGAGCGUGUUUGUCCAUAUUAAAGCUUAACCCAAGACUACUUGAGGAGAAUAAGAAAUACACUUUGCUGGGUCCACCCCUCUGGCGCUGGGAUUAUGAUGAUGAUGCUAAAGACCCUACUGAUCACCAGUCUUCUUGGCUGGGCGAAAUGUCAAGAGAGCCAGAGCAUGACACCAGAGGAGAAGACUGUUAUCAGGGACCAAAUUAUUGAAAUGUUUGAUCACGCUUAUGGCAGUUACAUGAAAUAUGCAUAUCCAGCAGACGAGCUGAUGCCUCUGAGCUGCAGGGGGAGAGUCCGUGGCCAGGAGCCCAACAGAGGCGACAUAGAUGACUCCUUGGGAAAGUUUUCUCUCACAUUGAUUGACACCCUUGAUACCCUGGUGGUGUUAAACAAGCUUGAUGAGUUUGAGGAUGCAGUGAGGAAGGCUGUGAGGGACGUACGCCUGGACAACGAUGUGGUGGUGUCUGUGUUUGAGACCAACAUCAGGGUUUUGGGUGGGCUUUUGGGGGCACAUGUGAUGGCUGACCUGCUCCGUCAGCGUGGAGACAGGAUGCAGUGGUAUCAAGAUGAGCUCCUGCACAUGGCCAAAGAACUGGGCCAUCGAUUACUGCCUGCCUUCAACACCACAAGUGGCCUUCCCUACCCUAAGGUGAAUCUGCGGUAUGGAGUCCUGAACCCACUUUCACGCACAGGCACUGAAUCAGACACUUGCACAGCCUGUGCAGGGACAAUGAUCCUGGAGUUUGCUGCUCUCAGCAGAAUGUCAGGAGAGUCUGUGUUUGAGGAACAUGCAAGGAAGGCUAUGGAUGUCCUGUGGGAGAGAAGACAGAGAGGAAGUGACUUGGUGGGGACAGUAAUCAAUAUCCAUAACGGAGAAUGGGUCCGCAGGGACAGUGGAGUUGGUGCUGGUAUCGACUCAUACUAUGAAUAUCUGAUGAAGGCCUACAUUCUUCUAGGAGAUAAUGUAUUUCUGGAGAGGUUCAACAUUCACUACAGUGCCAUUAUGAAGUACAUCAGCCAGCCUCCCCUGCUGCUCAAUGUACACAUGCACAACCCCACUGUGAGCGUGCGCAGCUGGAUGGACUCUCUCCUGGCAUUCUUCCCUGGCCUACAGGUUUUAAGAGGAGAUCUGAAACCAGCUAUUGAGACACAUGAGAUGCUUUACCAAGUCACCAAACAGCACAAGUUUCUUCCAGAGGCUUUCACUACAGAGUUCAGAGUUCAUUGGGGCCAGCACCUACUGAGACCAGAGUUUGCAGAAAGCACCUACUACCUCUAUAAGGCCACUGGUGACCCCUACUACCUCAGAGUGGGACAGUCCAUUGUGGAAAAGCUCAAUGCCUAUGCCAGGGUGCCUUGUGGAUUUGCUGCUGUGCAAGAUGUCCGCACUGGGGCGCAUGAAGACAGGAUGGACUCCUUCUUUCUGGCAGAGAUGUUUAAAUACCUGUUCCUGCUGUUUUCGGAGAAGAGCCAGGUUCCCAUCAAUAUUGACGACUACAUCUUCACCACGGAGGCUCACCUCCUCCCUGUCUCUCUCUCUACCACCCAGCCGCCCUGUCAAGGAAACAUUACAGAGACUGUUCCUGUUCCUCAAGAAGAAGAUCUGUUCACACACUCCUGCCCCAGCACAGAGACGUUGUUUCCCAACAACCCCUCAUUUGCAAAAACCAUCCGGGACGGCUACAAGUACCUCACUGGGGUGGGACGAGCCUUCCGCCCCGUACCUGUCAGGGAAAUUGAACUACCACUCCACGAUAACGGCAUGGAGCCAGUGGAGUUUUUGAAAAGCAUGGGCAUUUCUCUUACUCCACUGAAUGAAGUCACAGCAGGAGACAUUGGAAGUCGGAAGGAGCAUAGAGGAGUGUACCGUGUAAAACUUGUGGCAGAGGUAAGCCAGACACCAGAGGAGGAGGAGGUGGUGCCUCAUGUUGUUCAGCUCAUAUCCCCCCCUUUUCUGGGUCGGACAGUCCUCACAGCAGGACCUGCUAAGUUUGGAAUGGACCUCUCCAAACAGGAGCAUGGGGUGAAGGGCAGCAUAGUGAAAGCCUCCCCCUACACUGCCUGUGGGCCAAUAGAUAAUGCAGAGGAGCUUAAAGGCCAUAUCGCUCUGGCCCUGCGUGGCGACUGCAUGUUUGCUGCAAAGGCUCGUCGGCUACAGGAAGCUGGAGUCAUAGGCGUCAUCUUUAUUGACCAUCGUGAGGGAAGUAAUAGUGAUGAAACUCCCCUCUUCCAGAUGGUUGGAGAUGGAGACUCUACUGAAGACAUCACCCUAGCUCUAGUCUUCCUGUUCAGCCGUGAGGGUGCAGUGCUCACAGCUGCCCUGGAGGAACAUCACAACGUGGACGUGCUGCUGCUUCCCAAGGAGAAGCAGCUGGGACAAGAUAAGACAGAAAAACCUGUGGGCAUGAACAUCAAACUCCGCCUGGCACAGGAGGGGGAACUGGAGGAAGGGGCAGCCAGAGGGCCCACCCUGGAGUUUGUCUUGGAGAAAGACGAGGUGCUUCUUAAGGAAGAGGAGGAAGAAGAUCUCAGAGGAAAACAACAAUCACAGCAGCAGCAGUUCUGCGCAAAAGCAUCAGAGAGUGACAGAACUGAACCACGUUCAGCCGAUUCAUCUCAAACCCCAAACUCUGGACCAGACACAAAUCCUUGACCGCUGCAGAUCAUGAAGCAGCAAAGUUUCCUAACACUGAUCCCUUAUCAGUUUCUGAAUGGCAUGUGCCUCAGAGCCCCUCACUGCCCUACAGGAAGCCCUAACUGACCUAGCUUGCUUGUUUACAGCUGAAAGUGAAGAGUCAAGCUGUGCGAUGGCCACACUCACAUCCAGCCUUGACUUUGAAACAUAAAGUGGUUCUAUAUUUAUUAGACAGUCUACAAAUGUAGCUUUUACUCUGUGUGGUGCAGGAAAUGAGGGGGUUUUAUUAUCUCAUGAGACUAAACUAAGGUAGUUGAUGGACAAAAAACUGUAGAAUGAGAUCGUUGGGCUGGUGCUGCCUAAAUAUAGCCUGUAGUAUUGCUACUGUAGGCACAUAGAAGGUGUAAGUGGUGAUAAUGACGUACAUUGUUAGCUAGAAUUUAAAAUUACCUCACCUUAGAGGAGAACGUAGAAAAGGCAGCAAAAUGUACUCAGCUAUGUUUUUAUGCAAUGCUGUUAGUUUGCGAUCUAGAUUGCACCUUUCACAUCAACAAGUACUGUUAAAUAUUCAGUAAUGGUGAAAUACCAGCCAGUAGGUGGUGUUAACUGCAAUGACCUGUCAGAAAUAUAACGUUAGUCGAUGAAGUAGAAGAACUGGGGCCAAUUUGGAAAGUUUAUUUUACUUUUUAAUGGUGAGCAACUUCAGGGAAUUUCAAGAGUGAAUACAGUUUGCUUGGUUAACUCAUUUGAUGAAAUGUGUGCGUGUGUUCUGCAUUUCCUUUUUUGCUAUCAUGUGUGCAAGUGUGUGUGCAUGCAAGGUGUGUAUAAUGCUCAAGAAAGCAUCUCGGCUAAAACAUCAUUACUUUCAGAUGAAACCCUCCUAUAUUUAAGUCAUCAUCCAAGGAAUUAAAAGAAUGGAAAGUUGGCAGGAUUGAUUGCCAUGAAUCUUCUGAAAUUCAGUUUGUUUGUUUUUUUGCACCUAGAAAUAACUGUGUAAUCAUUCCUAAGUUGUUAUUAUUUAGGGCAUCUUAAAAACUGCAAAUUGCAAAAAUUACCAAAGCUGGUUUUCUUGCAACUGAAGUCUACAUGGACAGUAGUGCUGGUUAAAUCCAGACGCAGCAUCGCAGGUUGGUCUGCAGUCACUGACUGCUACGCACUUUGAAACACAGGUAUGGUCAUCUGUGGCAGAUUCAAACAGAAAUGACCAUUCAGCCUGUCUUUGCAUUUGUUUGUGUUUGUGUGUGUAUGUGUUUGUUGCAACAGGGAUGUUUGUUUGAAUUGCUGGAGUAUGGCAAGGUUUUUACAUCAUCCCAAAUGCUAACUGUCAGACUGUAAAGGCCAAUUGGAUUAUGUGCAUUGUUUCCAAAAUAUGACUAAUACAGUUGUACUCCACAGUUUUCUUGGAUGCACUUUUGAUCCAGAUUUGUUGUUUCUUUGGUCAAGACUUAUAUUAAGACUGAAAGACUUGACAUUUAUAUAAGUCUUUUUCUCACUCACACUUUACACAAACUAAAUAGUUUUUAGGUAUUAUUAUGUGUAAUAAUUUCACGCAACAGUCGAUAAAGAUGCAUAACUCUUUAAUCAGUUUGUUCAUAUCCGCUUGCUUUAGUCACACUAAUAAUUUGUUGCAUGUUUUUUUGUCUUUGUGGUACAUGAAAUGUGAGCUGAAGGCUGUUUUUGUGCUGCUAAGUUAAUUUCAAGUCUUAAUCCAACAACAUUUUAUUUUUGUGUCUCACCUGUACGAGACACUGCCAACCCGUAUACCUCAGGACUGUGUAUGUUACUGUUCACACAGAAAAAAGGACCAUGGACAAGAUGUAGGGAAUUAUUAUUAUUAUUGUCAUAUUUCAUUUUGUUCUGUUUUCUAAGGUUUCUGUUGAUCAGUGGCUGAAGCUCAAAAAGUGCCAAAAGAGAUGCAUGACAUGGCUCCUGCUUCUGUUUCACAUCUUCUCUGUAUUCAGUUCCAGACUGUGAGCUGAGGCAGUCUCAUCAAUAAAUUCGAGAUCACA